CCCACCUUCUUCUUCUUCUUCUUGCUAUGAAUAGCAUUUCCUCUUUUUUUAGGGCUAUUUGGGGGCUUUUCUUCCACGAUGCUGCGCGGCGACUUUUCUCCACCGCGGCCGCCAACUUGUGAGGAUUGAGGAGGACUGAUUGUUCUUGGAUUUGGAGGCCAGGUGCGGAGGAGAGCGAGGUUGGAGAUCCUGGUGAAGACGAAGGAAUGGGCGAUGGGAUGUACCUCAGCUCGGCCAUGACGCGCCUGCACCUCUGCGUCUGGAUGGCGAGUCUCACCUGCCGCCUCAGCCUGCAGCAGGAAGCGACCGGCACUCCCCUGGAGGCGGAGCUUAACAACAACAUCACCGUGUUCACGCGCAUCCUGGACGGCUUGCUGGACGGCUAUGACAACAGACUCCGCCCCGGACUGGGAGAAAAGGUGACGGAGAUCAAAACCAACAUUUUUGUCACCAGCUUCGGUCCGGUCUCUGACACAGAAAUGGAAUACACCAUCGACGUGUUCUUCCGCCAGAGCUGGAAGGACGAGCGUCUGUGCUUCCAAGGUCCCAUGAAGACGCUGCCGCUCAACAACCUUCUGGCCAGCAAGAUCUGGACGCCCGACACCUUCUUCCUCAACGGCAAGAAGUCCAUCGCACACAACAUGACCACGCCCAACAAGCUGCUCAGGCUGCAGGACGACGGCAAGCUGCUCUACACCAUGCGACUGACCAUAUCGGCAGAGUGUCCCAUGCAGCUUGAGGACUUCCCCAUGGACGCACACGCCUGUCCGCUCAAAUUUGGAAGCUACGCCUACCCGGUGUCCGAGGUGGUCUACACCUGGACCAAGGGUGCGGCCAUGUCUGUGGUGGUGGCGGAGGAAGGCUCCAGACUCAACCAGUACCACCUGAUCAACCAGACAGCCGGUACUGAGGACAUCAGCACCAGCCGAGGUCAGUACACGGUGAUGAUGGCUCACUUCUACCUGAAGAGGAAGAUCGGCUACUUUGUGAUCCAGACCUACAUGCCGUGCUUCAUGACCGUCAUCUUGUCCCAGGUGUCCUUUUGGCUCAACAGGGAGUCUGUGCCCGCACGCACCGUCUUCGGUGUGACCACGGUGCUCACCAUGACAACACUCAGCAUCAGCGCGCGCAACUCGCUGCCCAAAGUGGCGUACGCCACCGCCAUGGACUGGUUCAUCGCCGUGUGCUACGCCUUCGUCUUCUCCGCCCUCAUCGAGUUUGCCACCGUCAACUACUUCACCAAGAGGAGCUGGGCGUGGGACGGCAAGAAGGCCAUGGAGGCGCAGCAGCCCAAACGCAAAGAACCACUGGCGUUGUCCAAGAAGGCCAACAACGCGCGCGCGGUGGCGGUGAACUACUCGACCAACAUGGCCAAGGACUCCUCCAUCUCCACCAUCUCCAACAGCACGUCGGUCCAGAUGAAGACCUGCGAGUCCAAAGGGCCCGACCCCAAAAAGACGUACAACAGCGUGAGCAAGAUCGACAAGAUGGCCCGCAUAGUGUUCCCCGUGCUCUUUGGGACCUUCAACCUGGUCUACUGGGCCACGUACCUCAACAAGGAGCCUGUCAUCAAGGGAGCUGCUGCAAGUGAGACCAGCCAAACUCUUGUUAACUGAGCCUCCAGCUUCUUUCUUUCUUUCUUUCUCCAUCUUCUUUCUCCACAUACAAGUCACCUUCUAAACCAUGUUUCAUCUCCUAAACCAUGUUUCAUCUCAACGUUUUACCUCCUAAACCAUAUUUCAUCUCCAUGUUUCAUCUCCUAAACCAUUUUGUUUCACCUCCUAAACCAUGUUUCAUCUCCAUGCUUCACCUCCUUAACCAUGUUUCAUCUCCAGGUUUCAUCUCCUUAACCAUGUUUCAUUUCCAUGUUUCACCUCCUAAAACGUUUUUCAUCUCCACGUUUCACCUCCUAAAUCAUGUUUCAUCUCCCUGUUUCACCUCCUAAUCCAUGUUUCACCUCCUAAACCGUGUUUCAUCUCCACGUUUCAUCCUUAAACCAUGUUUCAUCUCCACGUUUUACCUCCUAAACCAUAUCUCAUCUCCAUGUUUCAUCUCCUAAACCAUUUUUCAUCUAUGUUUCACCUCCUGAACCAUGUUUCAUCUCCAUGUUUCACCUCCUCAACCAUGUUUCAUCUCCACGUUUCACCUCCUAAACCAUGUUUCAUCUCCACGUUUCACCUCCUAAACAAUGUUUCAUCUUCACGUUUCAUCUCCUAAACCAUGUUUCAUCUCUUAAACCAUGUUUCAUCUCCACGCUUCACCUCCUAAACCAUGUUUCAUCUCCAUGUAUCACCUCCUAAUCCAUGUUUCAUCUCCAUGUUUCACCUCCUAAACUAUGUUUUAAUCUCCAUGUUUUACCUCCUAAACGAUAUUUCCUCUCCAUGUUUUAUCUCCUAAACCAUUUUUCAUCUAUGUUUCACCUCCUAAACCAUGUUUCAUCUCCAUGUUUCAUCAAUGUUUCACCUCCUAAACCAUGUUUCAUCUCCAUGUUUCAUCUACUAAACCAUGUUUCU